AUGAUGGACGUGUUAGUUACAUGGAAAGAUGGCACUCAAAAUGUUGUACACACACGGGAAUUAUUUCCAAUCAGAAAAGGUCAGAAGAUAACACUUGGUACAAAGGUGAAAAUGUUGUAUGAACGAAAAUGGUGGUAUGGUACAGUAACUGUUGUCGAAGCAAAAGAAUACUCUUCGUCUGAAGACGAACCACUUUCAACUUAUGUUCCUGCAAACCGUGUGCAAAAUUGCUGCGAGUACAUUAACUGUCAUAAUCCUAUUUUGACUACUUGUACGGAAAGUGCUUGUUUCUUGUGCGCUGAACAUUACCAAGAAGACGCUUCCUGCUCUAAUCGUAUUUUAGUUAGCAAUAACAUAUCCACAUCAAAAAAUCAGGAUACCAGCUAUGAAUUAUCAUUAACCAAUUCAGAAAAAAAAAUUUAUGAUACAGUAUGCACUGAUGAAAAUUAUAUAGAUAUACAGAAUGAAUACCAAAAAUGCUGUCAGUUUUCGAUUUGUACUGAUGAGGUAUUUAGUGCAUGCCAUCGUUGUUCAUGUCUCCUUUGUUAUGAACAUUUUGUCAACAAUUGCUCUACCUGCGAAAAUCAUCUAAACUUUGAAGCUGACUUGACGUUAACAGAAACUUUAAAAUUUGAUUUUGGGCAAACUGAUAUGCAGCAGACUUGUGAAUAUGCCAACUGCACUAACCCUGUACUAACGACAUGCUUUGCUUGUUCUUGUUUACUGUGUGAUAUUCAUUUUGCGUCUGUGCUUUAUAUGCAAUCAUGUUCUGAUCAUAAAAAAAAUCCAGCCUCGCUUGCUGAUUUCGAUAUUACCGAAAUUGAGAAUGUUUCAAAUGAUUCUGAUGCAACUAUGGUCUUAUCUGACACUCGCGACUCACCCAGUAUUUUAAUGCAGAAUACAGUUUUGGAACCACAACAAGACAGUUAUUUGGCCCCAGAAGACUUUAUAGUAGAUGGCGUUUCCCGAGAGGAAGAAAGAUCGAAACCUGUUAGAAAAAAUAAAUACAAAGAAGCCAAGGUUUUGCGACACGCAGGACAAGAAUAUAUUUCGCCAUAUACAAAAAAAAGUAGUUCCUGGAAGGAAGCAGAUCUAACUUUGCAAAGAGAAUAUAUAGUGAGAUUUGUUGAAAAAAAGCCCGUAGGACGCAAAACUACUGCCACAGAAUCUCGUCGGAAGUUUACCAACUGCUUUUACUUACCAUUAAAUGAUGAGAAGCAGAAGGUAUGCAAGAAAAUGUUCCUCAAUACUUUGGGAAUUUCAGAAAAGACGUUUCGCACAGCUUUGCAAAAAUUAAAGAACACCGGUGUAGUAGAAAAAGACAGAAGAGGAGGAAGGCAAGAGGUCUAUCAUGAAAGGGAUACUCAGCUGCGAUCACUCAUUACUGAACAUAUUAACAGAUUUCCGCGUGUUGAGUCUCUUUAUUGUAGAAAAAGUAGUACAAAAGAAUAUCUCCACCAUGAUUUAUCUUUGAAAAAAAUAUAUGGUAUGUUUUUAAAGGAGUAUAACCAACCCGUAAGUAUGACACUUUAUAGAAAUGUAUUCAAAGGCAUGAAUUUAUCGUUCCAUAAACCAAAAAAAGACCAAUGCAGUUUAUGCAUGACAUACAGAGAAGGUACAAGCGAGGUGAAAGAGAAGCUGCAGAAUAAAUAUGAUGCACAUAUUAUAGAAAAAGAAGAAGUAUGA